UUUAUUCUUCUGCUAUGUAAAGCACUUUGUGCUACAUCUUUUUUCUUGAAAAGUGCUUUAUAAAUAAAGACUGGUUGAUUGAUUGAUACAUGGGGUAAGUUGACCAUAGGAGACCACUUUUUUGGCAUCCUAUAUUAUCAAGACAGUUAUGUUUACACUUAUUGUAUUGGUUUGCAGGGAUGCACAAUAUCUUGAAAUAUAUGCAGAUACAAUAGUUAGAGAAAAAAAACUAUGGUUGCCUAGAUGUAGAUAGAUAGAUAGAUAGAUAGAUAGAUAGAUAGAUAGAUAGAUAGAUAGAUGGAUAGAUGGAUAGAUACUUUAUUGAUUCCAGAGAGAAAUUCAGAAACAGAGCGAACCGAAAUAUGAAAAAUGGCUAUUUUACCCCACUCUCCCCUAUAUUACUAUAUCACACCACUGUCUGGGGCCCGGGGCCACUCUCAAACCGCCCCGCCCCGCCGCAGACGGUUGCGCCUCCCAUUGAACACCGUUGAGCUCCGUCGUGAAUCCUUAUGUGUUGAUGCCGUCCAUCCUAACGUCCGUCUACUGAAGCAAAAAAUUGAACCAACUUUGUGAGAAAGUGCUCCAAAUAUGGCUUACACGACUGCGGGCGGCACUAAGAAGAAAGUCUGCUAUUACUAUGACGGUAUGGGACAUCCUGGGGCUCUGAAUGAGGAGCCUGAAUGCAGCAUCUGGCGUGCUAACGCUAGCCGGCGAGCUAACGUUGUUCUUUAGCCGGUGCUGCUUUUGAAUGUAUGGUGGUUAGCUCUUGCUAGCUUACUGCUAACGGUGUGAUAUCGGUUGAAACGCUUCUGUAGUGUUAACUAAUUUCACUUCAUUGGUUAAAAGAAACGUAAAGCUAAAGUUAUGAAUACCUCGCAUGAUACGUGGAGUUAGAGUUAAAUAAAUAUCGCGAAAUGAAGGUAUAAGAGGGUCAAUUACCACACUGACUGUCAUUAUUGUCCGAGCGUUAAUUACAACCGUGGACCCGGCUUUGUGCACCUUAUUAACAUAUUUACCCAGAUUAAUCCGCAACAAAUGAGGGCAAUUGUUAUACCCAGAGAGUUAAAGUUACAUUUUUUGAUGCAGAAAAGCCAAAAUUUUCACAGUUCACUAACAAUGUGUUCAGGCCUAAUUGAUAUAACCCAGUGGAUUGAAUGUUUCCGCAUCCCUGGAUCCAGAUGAGCAGAAGAUCACAGUAUAGGAAGCAGUCCUGACCCAGCAGAAUAAUCCUCAUUCAUUCAGAGAAAUCACUGAAUUUUAAACUCUGUACUCUACAGAACCGUAUCUCACCUACUAUUAAUAAGUUGUAAGUUGUAUGAAGCUUUAAGAUUGGCAGUUUACUGAUAACUGAUUGCUGUUGAUCUACAGAGUGUCGAGUAUUUCUGUUUGGAAUAGGAACUGAUGAGUCCAUCAGACCUCUACAGGCAGGAGGGAUGUCAGAGGAAAGAGCAGGUGCAGCUAAGAGAAUAAGAAUAAAGAAUAAAGAAGUUCAUUUUUGUUCAUUCAAAAGGCUAACCUCUUCGAUACUAUUGUCUUUUUUUGUGGAUGUGGUAAACACUGACAUAUUUGAAGGCACAAUUAAAGGGAUAUUCUGGCGUAAAAUUAAUUUAGGGUCAAACACACUGUAUCACGCCGGGAUAUCCCUUUAAGUACAGACAUGCCCAGCCUUAUUUAUACUCUCAGUCCUCGGUUGGGGCUCCUUAACCAUGACCUCUUGCAUCAAUCGCCCCACUGCUGAGGUGUUAUUGAAGCCCAGAUUGCUUUGAUAGCGGCCUUCAGCUGGUCUGUAUUUUCUCAUCUUGACACAUUGCUCACUGAUUCUCUGUGGGGUUCAGGUCAGGUCAGUUGGCUGGACAAGUGGGCACAAUAAUAUCAUGGGCAGCAAACCAUUUGGUUGUAGUUUUGGCGCUGUGGGUAGGUGCUAAGUCCUGCUUGAGCAUUAGUUAACAUGUAAAGAGUAAAUGUGCUUUUUAAUAGGACGUGUUUUCCUUUGCAGGUGACAUUGGAAAUUAUUACUAUGGACAGGGGCAUCCGAUGAAACCACAUCGUAUCCGGAUGACUCACAACCUGCUCCUGAACUAUGGACUCUACAGGAAAAUGGAGAUCUAUGUACGUGUUUGACCUCUGAAUACUUAAGCAACCUUCUUAUUUGCUUGUGCACUGCUUCAACAAAAUGGGAGCUGGAAGUGAAACGUUUAAAAAAUGAUCCAUCUGUUUUGUUUUAUUUUUUCAGAGACCACAUAAAGCCACUGCAGAGGAGAUGACAAAAUAUCACAGUGACGACUACAUCAAGUUUCUUCGAUCAAUUCGGCCAGAUAACAUGUCCGAGUUCAGCAAGCAGAUGCAACGCUGUAAGUGCUCUGAGCUCCUUGUGUGUGUCGUUUUCUUUAUACUCAUUAAUUUCUUCUUCCUUUAGUAUUUACAGAAGCUGUUCAUUCUCAAAGUUGUCAUAAAAGAGCUUCAACACAGAUUUUGUCAUGAAUCCUGAUCAGGUUUUGCUUCAAUCUUUCAGUCAACGUCGGAGAGGACUGUCCUGUGUUUGACGGCUUGUUCGAGUUCUGCCAACUCUCUGCUGGUGGAUCUGCUGGUAAGAGCAAACAAAUGCACUAAAAAACCGAUGAGCCUCUUCACCCAAAAAUAACUCAACUAAGCACAGCAUCAGCUCAUGAAAGCCACAAAGUCAAGCUCAGCUCUAGUGCAUCAGCUGAUCACAAUUAUUUAGGGGGCUUCCUCUGAAAACCACAUUCCAACCACCUCCACCCCAGGUAUUUUUUUUUAAUGCUGUCUCUGACUUUGCCGGUAUCAGUCUUAGCUGCUGCUCACCCUAGCUUAGCUUUUAAUGUUUGCAUAUGAAACAAAGGGGAUAGUAUACUACAUGUACAAUGUGUUUUUGUUUUAACUCUUUGACCCAUAACUACGACCAUGAAACAGUCAGACAUGGUGUUAAACUACAUUACUGUCAAUGUGGAGGACAGGCUCUUAAAAAUUCCAUCAGAGUUUACUAUUACAGAGUUAGAGAGGCUAUUUUAUGAAUACAUUAACAAAUGCUGGUCAGAAUACUCAGUCAUUUUGGUGUGAGACCAGUUGUGCUUGCUUUGGCUUUGCAUGAUCACUGGCUCGUACAAACAUGAGCUUAAUUCAGACAAGGAGCAGCUGAGAUGGAGACGUUUAAGAGAAAUUGCAGCUGUUUGUGAAACUUGGAUUAAAGCCAACACAUAUACAGUUGGCCUACACACAUUGGAACCCUCAGAUAUUAUAAUCUGCCUUGUGUUGACAGUGUGUUGACAUGUGUACUUAACAUGACUAACAGUGAUUCUGUUGGACAUUUGUUUCAAACCAAAGCCAACCUUUUUGUUUUUUUGUGCUUGUGUGCAGCUGGUUCAGUGAAAUUAAACCGCCAGCAGACCGACAUCGCCGUGAACUGGGCCGGAGGACUUCACCACGCCAAGAAGUCUGAAGCUUCUGGGUUCUGCUACGUGAACGACAUCGUGCUGGCCAUCCUAGAGCUGCUCAAGUAACAAACUUUUCAUGACUUUUUAGAAUAUGAAAAUGUAAAUAAAUGCAAGUCUAAAAGUGUGACUAGAUUGUCUCAGAGCUCUGGUGUACAGGUUUGAUUGUUAACGCUGAGUCCACCUUUGUUUGCGUCGCUCCUCUCUGCAGAUACCACCAGAGGGUGCUGUACAUCGACAUAGACAUCCACCAUGGAGAUGGCGUGGAGGAGGCUUUCUACACCACAGACAGGGUCAUGACUGUGUCCUUCCAUAAAUACGGAGAGUACUUCCCUGGAACUGGAGACCUCAGGGUGAGUCUCAGUCUCUGUCGUCUCUCACUUACUGGAAUUAGGCGUCAGUUUCAGCUUGGAAUCAGCUAAACAUUAAAGUUACUCAAAUAGACUAAAGGAGAUAAAAAAUGUCUGUGUUUGAUCUGUCUUCAGGAUAUUGGCGCUGGAAAAGGCAAAUAUUACGCCGUCAACUUCCCCCUGCGUGAUGGGAUCGAUGAUGAGUCAUACGAGCAGAUCUUCAAACCUGUGAGUUUGAUACUGUUGAACAAACAAAGCUGCACUUCUCCUUACACACCACUGCAAUAUCAUACAUUUUUAAUACCCAGGAGAUCAGAUUUAGCAGGAUCUCCUUUAGUCCUGGAAAACUUAGAGAACAACUAAACAAUUUUUCAGUCAUUAGAGAUGGGCGGGUGAAGCCUCAUGAACUCUGGGGCUUUCUUUCAAUUUGAGCUGAAUAAGAUUCAAAGCUUUUAAGCUUCAUACUCGGCAAAUAAAGCUAUCUAGUGGCUUGUGAAAGUAAAAGCAGCCUUCAGUGAUGAUCAGAAGCACCAGUGUACCUCUGAUAUACAGUUUUAGUCAUCUGUAGGACGUCUUUAUGUCUAUUUUCUGCUUUCAUUUCAAAUCCCCCUCAUACUUUUACUGUCUGACCACAGCCCAGACAUCUGCUUGGUCCAUAAAUAAAGAAAGACACAAACAGAGGAGAGAUAACAGCAUGAACGAGUUGAUAUUUGAUACAUUUUUCUAAUAAAUACAGUGGAUGUAUGAUGUUAGACACCAAAAAUAAUUCUCUAAAACGUUCGAAAUCAUGCCUCGGGAUUUUCACAACUGUAUGUGUGCUGCUGAAAGGAUUCAGCCCCGGGUCUUGUUUUUGAUCUGCAUGCUUGCCAAUAGCGUAGACGAACACCAGGACAAAUGAGGCAACGCUGUGUCGUUAAAAUCCAUCUUAUUAAAUGGAGCUUUUGCUGGACGAUACAUGCCUGCAGCAGCUUCGCUUUCAUGUUUCUACUUUGCAGUCAAACAGACACACAGAUACAGACUCUUGAAAUAAAUCCAGAUGGAAGUUGAUUGUUGAUUCAUCCCUGGAAAACUGGAGGUGGUGACAGCAUGAUGGAUUUUAGGUCAGGUGACUAAUAUUGCAAUCGCAUGUCUUGUGAUGGGAAUAUUGUGCAUGAGCAAAUCACAGUUUCAGUAGUUAAAUGAUGAGUCUGUUUGCUGUCGUUGGGGGAUUUGAUUAGAAAUGGGAUGUAGAAGGAAAAGAAUCAAACACCAGCGAAAAACUGGUUUGUGUGUAUUUGCUAGCAUUGUCUCCUCAAAAGCAUUGCUGCUCUGUGGAGAAAAGGUGAUGUGCAUGCGAACAAAGACUUUUCUCACAGAGAGCCAAAGCUUUCACUAAAGAGUCUUUAACACGUUACAUUAUCUGAUUAUUCUUGCUGUUUUCUUGCAGGUAAUGGCUAAGGUGAUGGAGAUGUACCAGCCCAGCGCUGUGGUCCUUCAGUGCGGAGCAGACUCUCUGUCAGGAGACCGCCUUGGCUGCUUCAACCUCACCAUCCGCGGUACACACAGACGCGCGAGAUAAAGGUCCAUAAUUUGGGGUUAUACGCCUUGCUUUGCGUUUAAUAGUUUCUCUUCUAUUUUUCGUAGGUCACGCCAAGUGUGUGGAGUACAUGAAGUCCUUCAACCUCCCGCUGCUCAUGCUGGGCGGAGGAGGAUACACCAUCCGCAACGUGGCCCGCUGCUGGACCUAUGAGACGGCCGUGGCUCUGGACUCAGACAUCCCUGAUGGUUUGUCCCUGAUUUUAUGAUGAUGGAGUGUUUUUAAACAAUAGAAACACAAAUAAUCGCAUACUGUCCCAAAACAGACCUUUUGGUAGAAACACCAUUACCAACAACUUUCCCUAUUUGCAAACGGAAAGUUUCUGAUCUGUAAAACCUGUAAGGAUGCAUGCAACUUAGAAAUAACUAAAACUGCAAUGACAGGUGCUGAUUUUGGACUUUGCAGUCACAUCUCUUAACCUAGAGUAACCCUAAAACAGUUUCACUCUGUUCGGUCAUCUGUAGAUAGUUCUACGAAAGUGUUUGCUUUGGAUUUUAACACAACAAAGGACUCCACCAACUUUACAAUCAGUUUUAUCAGGUAACUUUGAAACGAAGCCGGUCUGGAGCAUCACUCUCAUUCACUUCACCGCCUCUGUGGAUGUUGGUGGAUGGUGGGGGGAGCUGAUAGGACAUGUGGAGUUGUUUUUAAGGGAAGGUACAAAAGUACAGCCUGAUCACUACCUGUCCUCACAGAGAGCUGAGUCAGCAGUUUGUCUCCUCUGCCGAGUCUGUGUGACAGAAAAAGAGGUUUCUGUAAUUACAGCUUUUCCAACGGACCAGCGGCUCUUUUAGAGGAGUUUUAGGACUUUAAGUGACCUCUAACUGUUUCAGUCCACCUCAGAAAACCUCAGUAAAUCAUAUCAACAAGUGUUUGAUCGCUUUGUAACUGGACACCGUAUUUCAUCUUCAGUAAACCCCCCUCCUCAUGUUGUGUUUGCUUACUUUUCCCUGUGAUGUUCCUGUUGCAGAACUGCCUUACAAUGACUACUUUGAGUACUUUGGGCCUGACUUCAAGCUGCACAUCAGCCCCUCGAACAUGACCAACCAGAACACACAGGAGUACAUGGAUAAGAUCAAGUACGUUCAGUCAUUUUCUUCUAAACUUGUCAAACAUCCCCUGCUCUUAAAGUGCUUGAGUAGUAAAAAAAUAACCCCGCAUCCACGGAGAAAUAGUUCAUUUACACGUUAUUAUGUGGGAUUUUUCAGGCAGCGACUAUUUGAGAACCUGAGGAUGCUGCCUCACGCCCCUGGAGUUCAGAUGCAAGCCAUCCCAGAGGACGCCAUCCCGGACGACACUGUAGAUGAAGACACAGAGGACCCCGACAAACGCCUGUCCAGUAAGACUCUGCUCACUCAAGUCCCUUCACUCGUACCCUCAGCACUUCUUUUAUAAAUUAGGCUUCAUUGUGUAGAGACCUCUUGGCAACUCUUUGUUGUUUGUGGUUUCAGUCCGUGCCACAGACAAGAGGAUCGCCUGUGACGAAGAGUUCUCAGACUCCGAGGACGAAGGGGAGGGAGGCAGAAGGAACAUGGCCAAUCACAAGAAGGGAGCGAAACGGUCCCGGGUCGAUGAGGAGAAGAAGGAAGGAGAGGAGAAGAAAAUUGGUGUGUAGACUGGAAAAGGAAAAAACUGAUAAAAGGUGUCUUUAAGUUCUUUGAAUUAAUUUCAUAAAUGUUUUUUAGAAAUCAAAGAAGAGGAGAAAACAAAGGAUAACAAUGCUGAGAAGACUGACUCAAAAAGGUGAGAAACCUCUUAAAUCAUAUAUUCUGCUCCUGUAUUUGCUCUGAGUGAAUCACUUUUCUUAUUCCUGCUCAUUUUAAGUCAGUUCAUGCUUAUUCUCUGAAGCCUUGACACGAGUUUCUGUGUUUCAUUUGCAGCGUGAAGACCGAGCAGACAAGCAGUGCCUGAAGUGUUGGUCACGGCCACAAAUAAAACCCAGCGAAAACGGUGCUGUCCUCUGCCGAAAGGAUCCAACUCUUCACUGAAUAAAAGCCAGAAGCAUUAUAUUUAUUACGACUCUCCAUUUUUUUUACCUGUAAAUCUCUUGUGAAAUGUAAGCGUUCCCUCUUUGGUGUAGUAUCAGCAGGUUUCUUGAAUCCACCACUUGAAUUUGCCGUAUUCUGUCCUUUGAUACCCUUUGAACUGUUUUAUUCCAAUGUGCUUGAUCUUCUGAAGGAAACCAUGAUUUUCUUGUUUUUAGGAAACAGUGGGUACAUCUGUAGACAAACCUAUAAUGAUUACAUGUUGAAAUUUUAAUAUUUUGCAUUGUCAAUAAAACUUUUUUAUACUAUUCUCAUGAAGUGUGUCGUAUUUUUAAGAACAGCUGUCAGUGUAAUGUAAGAGUAUGGCAAAAUGGAGGCGUUUAAAGGUAUGCCAAAUUGAAAAGCACCCUCAACACACUUAAUACAAUUUCUAUAUGAACUGUGUCAGGAUGAUUCUUUCCGUAGCUACUCAAAGUUUCAACUGGACAAAUUACGUGAGGGGUUCAGCCUUUGUAUAAGCCUUUCUCAGAGAGAUAGCCCUACACUGCAAAAAAGCGAAAAAAUCUGCCAAUGCGGUAAGCUUUUUUUUGCUUGACAAGAAUUCUCAAGAUAAGAACAAAUUUCUUGGCCCUGACAGACUCAAAUGAAACUUAAAACUAGACAGAAAAUCUUACAUCAAUCUAUUUUUUUCUACAGCAAAAAUAAAGAUAAAGUUACUUAAAAUUGGAAUUUUAGUCUCUUGAAUAGAUGAAAUUCAAGAAAAUACACCUUAAUCUAGGAUUAUUAAUGAGCAUGACAGUAGUUCAAAUAAGACAUAAUUUCUUAAAACAGCAAAGCAAAUAUAAGUGAUGUUGUCUUAAAUCAAGAUACCGAAACAUUCUCAUUAAAUAUAUAUUUUUUAUUCCACAAGCAAGCAUGUUCUUUAUUCUUUGUUGUUUUGCAGUUUCCAUCUGCAACUAGCCUACUGACAUCUUUAUAUGUCAGAUAAUGUAUGAGGCAGCAGAUUCUGUCAGGUUCAGAUGACCUGCAAUGGAAAUCUUAAUUAAAA